GCAGCCGCUGUGUUUUCAGAAAGGGUGGCAGCUAUAAGUGGCAGUCAGCCCGGGAUUACACCGUUAACGCUAAGUUAAUACGAUGGGCUUAGGGUAUCCGCACUGUCAACACCGCGUUGGAAUUAGCUCGACACAGGCAAUGUCGGUAGUAUGCGUUUAGAUUAUGAGUGAGGUCCCUCAACAACGAAUUUCUGCAACACAACGAGCACAGGCCAGUCUGUCCAUCUGGGGAUGGGGGGGUCUUGGAGUCGUGCUGUUCCUCGUCACCUUUGGACCCUUUGCCAUAUUCUACCUGGCCUUUUAUAUCUUCUGCUUCAUUGGAGGGGGCUUUGCGGUCACUUUGCUUUAUGGAAAGAUCAACUCCGAAAAACACCUGGAGAAGUGCGAGCAAUCUUAUUUGCCGCCCACACAAAUUGGUAUACUGAAGACAUUGGAUGAGAUGAAGCUGGAGAUUAGACCCAUAAAGAUUGACAGGAGACUGACGGGCUCCAGCUUCAUAGAUGAACCACUACAACAGGUGAUCCAGUUUGCGCUUAGAGACUACAUCCAGUACUGGUAUUACACUCUGAGCGAGGAUGAAUCCUUUUUAUUGGAGAUCAGACAGACGCUCCAGAAUGCCCUUGUCCAGUUCUCCACACGGUCCAAAGAGGUGGACUGGCAGCCUUACUUCACCACUCGCCUGGUGGACGACUUUGCCACCCAUUUACGUGUCUUUAGAAAAGCCCAGGAUCGCCUCGCUGACAGGGAGGACAAGCAAAGAGACAUAACAGAAGAGCUGGUGGACUCAUUCUUUGAGGCCGAGGUGGAGAUGGAAAGAAAGAUUUGUCGAGACGUAGUGUGCACCUCACACAAAGAUGAAGAAGGUUUUCUUCGGGACUUGUGUGAGUUGCUUCUGUAUCUGUUACUACCUCCUGGAGAUUUCCACAACAAGAAUAUGAGAUACUUCUUGAGGGAGGUGUUGGCGCGUGGUGUGUUACUUCCUCUGAUCAACCAGCUGAGCGAUCCUGACUACAUCAAUCAGUUUGUUAUCUGGAUGAUUCGGGACUCCAGCUGUAACUAUGAAGCCUUCAUGAACAUCCUGAAGUUAACAGACAAACCUGCUGAGCUGGAGGCCGUGAAAGACAAGGUGCUGGAGGAGCUGCAGUAUCUCCGCUCCCUGGACACAGCUGGAGAUGACAUCAACGUGAUUAAGAACCAGAUUAACAGUCUUCUGUUUGUGAAGAAGGUGUGUGAGACCAGGAUCCAGAGACUUCAGUCUGGCAAGGAAGUCGAUGCCUUAAAGCUGGCAGCCAACUUUGGCAAGCUGUGCGUGAUCCCUCUGGAUCACAUCCUCAUCCACAACAUAGCCCUGCAGUUCUUUAUGGACUUCAUGCAGGCAGCGGGGGCCCAGGCGGAACUGUUCUUCUGGCUUACCGUGGAGGGAUACAGGGUGACGGCGCAGCAGCAGCUGGAGGCGAUGCAGGGCUGGCAGAAAGAUGGAGGCAAAAAGCAGCCCAGUGCCACCAAGGGGCUGCUGAAGGCUGCAGCACUCGGUGUCUAUGAGCAAUACCUCUCAGAAAAGGCGUCUCCCAGGGUGCAGGUGGACGAGGAAUCUGUUACAAAACUGGGGGAGAAGUUACAGAAAGACGACCCCACGCCGGAGAUAUUUGAUGAAAUUCAAAGAAAGGUAUAUGACAUGAUGCUACGUGAUGAGCGCUUUUACCCAUCCUUCAAGCAGAGUCCUCUCUACGUCCGCAUGCUAGCAGAGCUGGACAUGUUGAAAGAGCCAAGCUACCGAGGGUCUGAUGAUGGUGACGGAGAAUCCUUCAAUGGUUCUCCCACAGGAAGCAUAAACCUAUCUUUGGACGACUUGUCCAACUCCUGCCAUGAUGAAACUAUGCAGCUACAUGCCUUCAUCUCCGACACAGCUGAUACUUGUCUCCCGGGCUUCUGGGGUGCUGCAGGGGUGUGCAAUGACCACGGUAAGACCUACGCGCUGUACGCCAUCACUGUGUUCAGACGCAACCAAGACGGCAGUGAGGACUGCUGGAAGACUUACCGCCGCUACUCGGACUUCCAUGACUUCCACAUGAGAAUCACUGAACAGUUUGAGAACCUAGCGUCAAUCCUCAAGCUUCCCGGGAAGAAGACCUUUAACAACAUGGACAGAGACUUCUUGGAGAAGAGAAAAAAAGACCUCAAUGCUUACCUACAGUUGCUGCUCAACCCAGAGAUGGUGAAGGCCUGCCCAACUCUGAUUCCCUAUGUGUAUGACUUCCUAGAGAACAAGGCCUACAGCAAGGGCAAAGGAGAGUUUGCACGAAAGAUAGACACGUUUGUAAAUCCUUUGCGAAGCUCCAUGAGGAACAUGUCUAACGCAGUAAAAGCCCUGCCAGACAGUCUGGCUGAAGGAAUGACCAAAGUCUCUGACAACAUGGGCCGCAUGUCAGAAAGACUUGGUCAGGACAUCAAACAAUCCAUAUUCAAGGUGCCUCCACUCCUCCCCAAGUCUGACAUCGACCCAGACCACUGUCGAGUGUCGGCCCAGCUUGAUGACAAUGUGGAUGAUAAUAUCCCACUGCGGGUAAUGCUGCUGCUGAUGGACGAGGUGUUUGACCUCAAAGAGAAAAACCAGUGGCUGCGCAGGAACAUUAAGAACCUGCUGCAGCAACUCAUCAGGGCCACAUAUGGAGACACUAUCAACAGAAAAAUCGUGGAUCAUGUGGACUAUUUGACAUCACCAGAGCAGGUGGCAGACUACGUCAAAAAGUUCAGGGAUUCCUACUGGCCCAAUGGUAUUCUAGCUGAGACCCCGCCCCGCCGGGACAAGAGCAUCCGCAUGAGGACACGAGUAGCUGCCAAGACAAGCCUGCUGGGGAUCAUGCCAGACGAGCUGAAGCACAUCAUUGGAGCGGACACCACCAGAAAGGGCAUACUCCGUGUCUUUGACAUGUUUCAGUACCAACCCAUGAACCGCCGGCUAGUCUACGUUUUCCUGGAGGGCUUCCUGGAGACCAUGUUCCCUCAGUACAAAUUCCCCGAGCUCUUUGUCAAGCUGCACUCCCGUUCGCCGCGCAUUCACAGAUACAGUCAGAAACUCAAAUCCUCCUCCCUCAAGAGGUGACAGGAAAGGACAGAGGAAACAGGACAUGGGCUGACUAGACACACAGAGACUUUGACAGCUACGAGUGAGAGUGGGGGAGGCUCGAUGUGAACGAUGAGGUAUAUGUGUGAUUUCUGCCCUUCCUCUUCCUUCGCACACUCCUGCCGGUGAAAACACUCCCAUUAUCCAGCUGAUUACUUCUGUCAAGACAGAACUGACGGAUGAACAACACACUCUGCCCUACUCUCACUCUGUGAUACACACAAGCGCAGACACAAAUCCUAUCAUUUGCACCAAGACUGAUCAUGGCAGUCUUUUCUUUUAGUUUAUGUAUUUCCCCCACUUCCUUUUUGAACUUUUUAGUUGUGUUUAGCUUUAUCCUGGGCCAGCCAAUGCUGCUUUCUUAUGGUCCAGAGAGCAGACCACAAAUACUGUAUUGUUUUUAAACUGCAGGACUAGAUACUAUAGACCCACACCUUGCCUUACCUUCCUUCCCGCUUCUGUCUUUGGGCCGGUACAAUCUCAGCGAACCGGCCGCUCAGCUGUAAUCAGACUUACCCUUGUGCUGUAGGCAUUCGAGCUGCAAAAAGCACUUGUUACCUUGCAAAUUCUGUUUCUGUUCUCAUAGCAACCAAAAACGUCAAUAGCACUGGGUCAAAGAGGCGCUGUUUGUUUUUAAAAUGUGACUGAACAAAUAUGGGUCGAGUUUUAUUUUUAUUGUCCGCAUUUUUGUUUUCUUCAAGCCUCAAUGCUUCUCUUGAGACUUUUUUCCUUUCUUUCUGUCUAAAGUGUCAUCUUUCCCACCUUCCAAUGCAGGCCAUCUCCCCUUUAAUGCUACUGUCAUAACCUGUGAUGACCAAAGCUCAUGCUGUUCAUGUGUGUGUGUGUGUAUGUGUGUGUGUACUUGUUGGACUUUGGGAUACUCUAAAACAUUACUGUGCUUCAUAUCACUGAUCAUGUGAAGAACAAGGAUGCAUUGUUGACCUUUAAUGAUCUUAAAGGUGAGGCUGUGACGACACACUAAAGUGUGUUACUGCGCACUAUUGAAGAAUGUAUUCUCUGGUGUAUUCUGUAUUCGGUUCGUGUAGACUUUUGUGUGUGUGUGUGUGCGCGUGCGUGCGUGCGUGCGUGCGUGCGUGUGUGUGGGGGUGUGGGUGUGUGGGGGUGUGUGUGUGUGGGUGUGUGUGGGGGUGUGGGGCACGGAGAUGCAAACCUCUUCAGUCAGAAACUGUGCCAGUGCGAGCUAGUGAACCAGCCUUAAAUCUAUAUUCAGUAUAAACUGACCAAGAGACGCGCGGUAGCUCUCCUUCACACGACUGAACAUUACAAUGAAAUCAAGGUAGAGAUAUGGAGAUAUAUCCCUAAUCACUUUUAUCCUGAGAAAAUGUCUUUAAAUUGGUGCAAUAUUUUUUUUUUAUUGCAUGUGCAUUUUGAAUCAUUGUGUACUGCAAAUGGUAAUUCAUAUUGUUUUAAUGGUAGAAAACACAAGAGAAGUUUCCCCACAAAUGUUGUCAUGUCCCAACAACUUAACAUUCCGUUGUUGUAAAAAUACAAUGUUUAUUUAACAGACUUGUUUUAUAAGUCUGAGUUUUGUUUUUGUUGUUUUUUUUUUUUUUUUUGGGUGUGCGGGGUGGUAUUUUCCACUUAUUCCCCGCCCACUCUUGCAGAAUCUGUGUUUCGAUUCGGCAGUGGUGGGGGGGGGGGGGCUGUUUCUGGCCCGAUGAUUAGCUUGUUGGGCUAGAGCUAGUUCAGAGGCGCCCCGAACAACUGCUUCUUUUUAACUCAUAAGCGGUGUUUUAUGCAUUCAAGCCUGUUAUAUUGAGUGUGAAGAGAGCUUUGUUAUUAUGAACUUUCUGCUGGAGGACACCCCACCUUUGCGCGUGCACCACCCACCCAUCCAACAGGUUCACAGGUGUGGCUUGUGACCAAUGGAAUCACUGCUAAUUAGCACUUACCGUAGCAACUGUGGGAGCCCCUCUCCCAUUGGCUGAACGUAGCCACAUUCUGCUGCAGUCAUUGGAUGGAAACUCCCUCGUCUGCUGUGAUUUGCUUGCACUGAGCAGCCCUGGUGGACUCCGAUUGGCUGAGGUAGGAGGACAUGGACUGGAGCCUCUCUUAUUGGGAGGCGAAUAUGUUGUCCCCCAUGAUGGAGGAGGAGAUGUCACCUUUAACUUUCUGCACACCUCUCCAUACAGGAAGGCUUGUCUUUUUUUAACCCCAGUAUAUAUGAAUCUAUGAUAAUGAAAAUUGUGCAUAUCUGUGUACAGUAUGUGUUAAUAGUGUGCCUAAAUGUACUGUCAACUCUAUUUUCAUAUUUUUCUUUAACCUAAAAAAAAAAAAACAAUCAGAAUGUCAUGAUCAUUUUACGCGACUGAAAAUGACUUUAGGGUGGUUUUUUUUGCAUCAUGCUUAUCAAACUUUUCCUUGUGAGCAGUUGUGCUCAAAUCAGUAUAACACUAAUAAAAGGUAACUCAGACUAACUGA